GAUAUAAUUUAGCUAGCUAUUCAGCUACCCUACUAUAUAGUACAAACUAGUCAGCUAUAUCUUGCAAUGAACAAUUAACUGGUCAGCUACUAAAUCAUUGAUUUCACGCAAAUGGCUAUACAGCCACUCACUUAGCUUACUGGCAAACUUCAUCUAAUGGGGAAACAUCCGGCUACCUUUUGCUAUUUUGCGAAGGCAAUGGCUAAUGUGAGCUAAUUGGCUAUGCUAACUCGUUAGCAAUGCAAUCGUUCUCGUAGCUAUGCUGUUAUUAGCUUGCCAACUUGUCAUCGUCAUAUCAUGAACAGAACAUACUUGAUUGCUAGUAUUUCAACAACGUAUAACUUUGUGCAUCAUGGCUAACCGCACUGGGAAAUACUAGAAUCAGCUGCAAGUUUUUUAUUAGCAGUCCCCAGCGUUAUUAUCUCUUGCUGGCUAGCUUGCAAACUAGCAGGAUACCUACCUCAAAAUAAAUUGUCGUGGUGUAGCCAAUGACUCAUAAAGCGGGAGAAAACUUAGUACAUUACAUUAGCUAGCUAGUUAACUAAUUGUAUAGUGUAGACUUUUUUGCGUGAUGUCCACCAGGUUCAUAUUUUUAAUUUAGCUUCGACAUGCCCUGGCAUCCUCCCACUAUGGACGGACGAAACAUCGAGCGGGAGUCGGCGUGACCCAUACUCUGAAAAAAAAGCUUGUUCUAGAAACAGCAACGGGCCGCUACACCGGUCGUUACUGUAUUCGGUGGCUCAAUGGCUUCAGAAGAUGUUGCGCAGUUGGCCAAUUCAUUGGCUAAGACUCAGGUGGGGGAGGUAGAGCUGAGCUACAAGGGCAGGGGACUCAAGCUGGACAAUGCACAGUCUGUGGAGGAGCUGGUGCAGGAGAUUGAGGCGUUCCAGGGGCUGCAGGCCCUGAGGCUGGAAGGGAACACUGUGGGGGUGGAGGCGGCAAAGGCCAUCGCUAAAGCGCUGGAGAACAAGGGAGACUUUCAGUGCUGCUACUGGAGUGACAUGUUCACGGGCCGCCUGCGCUCCGAAAUCCCUCCUUCUUUGAUCUCCCUGGGCAGUGCGCUGAUCACAGCCGGAGCCCGACUCAGGGUGCUGGACCUGAGUGACAACGCCUUCGGGCCCGAUGGGGUGAAGGGCAUUGAGGCGCUUCUCAAGAGCACCACCUGCCACACACUGCAGGAGCUGCGCCUCAACAACUGCGGCAUGGGCAUUGGCGGGGGCAAGAUCCUAGCUGCAGCCUUGACGGAGUGCCAUAAGCAGUCGAGUGCACAGGGGGCCCCUCUCCAGCUGAAGGUCUUCAUCGCCGGCAGGAACAGGCUGGAGAACGAGGGCGCUACAGCGCUCGCCCACGCCUUCCAGCUGAUGGGCAGUCUGGAGGAGAUCCACAUGCCCCAGAACGGCAUUAACCACCCCGGGGUGACGGCGCUGGCCACCGCUGUGCAGCACAACCUACAGCUCCGGGUCAUCAACCUCAACGACAACACCUUCACCAAGAAAGGAGCUAUCGCCAUGGCGCAGUCUCUGAGACACCUGCGUAACGUCCAGGUGAUCAACUUUGGGGACUGUCUGGUGCGUUCUGAGGGGGCCGCAGCCAUCGCUGAGGCUGUGAAAGUGGGGCUCCCCAUCCUAAAGGAGCUGAACCUGUCGUUCGGGGAGAUCACGGAGGAGGCGGCGCUGGUGGUGGCGCACGCCGUGCAGGACAAAGCCCAUCUGGAGAAACUGGACCUCAACGGUAACUGUCUCGGGGAGGACGGAUGUGAAGCUCUGAAGGAGACCAUGGACAGCAUGAAUAUGGGGGAUCUGCUGGGAUCACUAAGUGAUGAUGAAGGAGAGCCAGAUGACGAUGAAGAUGAUGAUGAAGAAGACGAAGAGGAAGAUGAUGAUGAAGAGGAGGAGGAUGAAGAUGAAGAGGAUGAUGAAGAGAAUGGAGUGAAAGAGGACAGUGAUGGAGAGGAGGGCCCAGCGCAGCCCCUGAGCAUGGUGUCCACCCCAACCCCAUCAAUCAAACCUCAAGACUCCUCCCCUGCCAACGAUGUCUCUUCCUUCCUCUGCUUCCCCUCCCCAGACAAGCUGCUCAACCUGGGGGCCAAGAGAACGCUGCUCAUCGAACAGCAGGUGGACUUGGCAGACGCAGGUAAGACUGCGGAGGCCUUCCUGAAGAUCUCCUCUGUGUACAAGGAGGAGGCCGAGGUGAGGAGAGCCGUGCUGGAGAGCAUAGAUGCUGUGCUGGGGAAAGCCUUCUCCAAUCCCUCCUUCCAGACCUACAGCUUCAUCUCUGCACUGCUGGUGCUGCUGGGACUGAUCAAGAGUGAGGAGAAGGUGAAGCCAGUUCGGGUGGUGCCCGGGCACCUGCUGGCCCUGGACCACGCCGUGCGACAGGACUACUUCCCGCGAGAGCACAUCGCCGUGCUCAACGCCUUCGUUUCGCGGUCCAGUAGGGCCCUGGAAUCCUGCACCAGUGCCAAGAACAGCCUGAAGUCCACACUGGACCGGCUCGGGAACGCGUGCUAAUCUUCAGCUGCCCUUCGGCCUAGGAUGCGCUCCUAAGGACACUGUGCAGAGCUGUCCCGCGCACACGCACACACCGGGUCACACUCCUAUGGACGCUGUACAGAACAGACCUGCACACACACACAUCAGGACGCUCUACUAUGGACACUGUACAGAACAGACUCAUGCUCACCCACACACACAUCAGGACGCUGUCCUAUGGACGCUGUACAGAACAGACUCAUGCUCACCCACACACACAUCAGGACGCUGUCCUAUGGACGCUGUACAGAACAGACUCAUGCUCACACACACUCGCACCAUGUGCUGUGUCAGCUUCUCGGUACUGCUGUUACACCACGUUUGACAGUCGUACCGCUAUACACGCACAGCCCAUGUCGCUGCUGGGGACAGACGGACACUGCUGAGGACAGACGGACACUGCUGAAGACUGUGCAUGACAUUACACGCCCACCAGGUCAAAGAUCAAAAGAACCCGUGAAACUGUGACUGCAGAGCGCCCCCUGUGGCUGCAUUAUGAAAGCGCAGCUUGCAUGUCACCCUGCUGGGUUCUUCCAUUUUUUUCAGCUCCACCUUUUUCUUUUUUGUAGGUAAAGGAAAAAAAUACAAAUAAAAAGUAAACAAGAUGUUUAAAAAAAUGUAAAAGAUUUAAUAAUGAUUGCUAAUUUGAUAUUUCUGGAAAUGAUUAUUUGAUGCACUAACCAUGAGGAAAGAAAUUAGCAGUUUAUUUUUUUAAUGUAUUUAUUUCUGAUAGUUGUGAAAUUGUGAAAUCUAUCUGGGAUGAGACCCUGCCUGCCUUGAAUUACAGAAAGUAACAUUCAAAUUGUCUCUGAACAUCUAGAAAUCCCCAAUGCCCCCCCCCCCCCCCCCCCCACACACACACACACACACCCCUUCGUGAUGUUGGUUUAUCCCAAAGUGCUGGAAUAUCAAACUGCAAUUCUUUCCGAAAGAUUGACUAAAUCCAACUGUUAUUCAAGCAUCCUGUGAUAUAUAAUCCUAAAGGGUAUUCCUUGUGUGAAGAAACAGAGAUAGCCCUAAGAUCUUACGAUUUUUGUGAAGUUGGAGUCAUGAAAAUGUCUGUUUAAGCAUAUAAUUCAACCCAAAAUUUAUUGACCAACUUUCUGUGAGUGGCAUUGUGGAAGACUCAGGAGGCAUGAAUGAAAAAGUAUGCACUUCUCUGCAGUAAGGGGAGGAAGUGUGCACUGCUGCAGGGAGGGAGGAAGUGUGCACUUCUGCAGUGAGGGGCGGAAGUGUGCACUGCUGCAGGGAGGGAGGAAGUGUGCACUGCUGCAGGGUGGGAGGAAGUGUGCACUGCUGCUGGGAGGGAGGAAGUGUGCACUUCUGCAGUGAGGGGCGGAAGUGUGCACUGCUGCAGGGAGGGAGGAAGUGUGCACUGCUGCAGCGAGGUGGAAGUGUGCACUGCUGCAGGUAGGGAGGAAGUGUACACUGCUGCAGGUAGGGAGGAAGUGCACUGCUGCAGGGAGGGGAGGAAGUGUGCACUGCUGCAGGUAGGGAGGAAGUGUACACUGCUGCAGGGAGGUAGGAAGUGUGCACUGCUGCAGGAAGGGGAGGAAGUGUGCACUGCUGCAGGGAGGGAGGAUGUGUGCACUGCUGCAGGGAGGGGAGGAAGUGUGCACUCUAGGUUGGCAUUUAUAUGCUUAAAUUUGCUUUGUUGUGGCACGUUCCCAAUUUCUGCUGCGUGGGUUCAUCUUCAACUGCAUUUGAGAUUUAAAACAAAUCGCUAAUGUUCAGCAAGCUGGGAAUACAGCACUGCUUGGUCCCAUUGCCUUGUGCAUUAUGAUAGGCUGAGGUGUCCUCACAAGGCAACAGAACUGAGGACAGUGGCAGUUCCUAAAUGAAGUGAGACUUAAGAGAAUGCAGACCCAGCAUUACCUAAAAUGGGUCCUCAACAAUAUUUGGGUGAUGGUGCUGUGCUUCUUUGCUUUAUGAAGUCUAGCUAACUUCUUAACACUUAGAUGUGGACUUAGGAGAACGGUCAAAUCAGUGACAUCAGUCCAAGAUGGAGUGUGUUUUUGGAGAAGGGAUAGUCUGGAAAUGAACAGUAGCAGAAGAUUGAGUGUGACAAUGGGGGAUAAAAUGCUUCAGAGCAAACCUUGUAAAUAAUAAAGCAACAUUACUGUGUUGAGCCAUUGAAGUACGUAAGCUUGAGGGUCUGGUUUCUUUGUGUUUUUAUAUUUUUAUGUUAACUGCUGAAUGGUAUUUAGUCAUAGGGCUAUGGAGU